AUGCCCUCCACUGAGGCCUUUCCGCUGCUCUCUACCACCGACAAACUAGCACCCCUUCAACACAGCGUCGAAGUACCGCGAGUUCGGCGGCGCUCCAGCGGACUUGGUGGAGAGAUUAGAGCGGGAGAUACCAGAGUGCCCGCAUUAGCAACACUAGAUGUGAGGCCGCCGUCUCCGGGGACAAUCAAGGCGCAAAAUGAAAGCUAUCGCAGGAAACCCUUCUCGAAACGGCGGAAAGCGAAAUCACUCUUUGUGAAGUGGAAGAGAUACGCGUUAAAGCAUACUUGGGUUACUCCCCUAGCCCUCAUUGGAGUUUUCUUCGCCCUGUUUGCCAUCAAUCCGACCGAGUCGAAUCCUAUACAUCACUUCAUCUUCCUCUCCUAUAAGCUGCCUGCUGAGCCGGGGGCACCGGUCCAUUAUGGGAAGGGAUGGUGGGACUUUGCGUUUGUGACGUUCUACAUUAUCGUCCUGUCCUUCACACGAGAGUUCAUUAUGCAGCAAUGGCUACGACCCAUGGCACGACGCAGCGGGCUAAAGAGCCGGGCAAAACAGUCCCGGUUCAUGGAGCAGAUGUAUACUGCGAUCUACUUUGGAGUCCUAGGACCCUGCGGACUAUAUGUCAUGAGCCGGACGCCGGUCUGGUAUUUCAAUACGAGGGGGAUGUAUGAAGGAUUCCCGCAUAAAACGCACGAGGCGGAUUUCAAGUUCUACUACCUAUUCCAAGCGGCCUAUUGGGCUCAGCAGGCGCUAGUUCUAAGUCUAGGGAUGGAGAAGCCUAGGAAGGAUUACAAGGAAUUGGUUGGGCAUCACAUCACGACCCUCUUCCUCAUUGGACUAAGUUACAGAUGCCAUUUCACGUAUAUGGGCCUCGCAGUGUACACCACGCAUGAUAUCAGUGAUUUCUUCCUGGCUACCUCCAAAACCCUGAACUACCUCGACCAUCCAUUGGUCGGACCCUAUUUCGGAUUCUUCAUUGUCGCCUGGUGUUACCUCCGGCAUUACCUUAAUCUCCGCAUCCUCUGGUCAGAAUUCAACGAAUUCAAGACCGUAGGACCAUACGAGCUAGACUGGGAGACAGAACAAUAUAAAUGUGAUCUCUCACAUUGGAUAUCCACCUUCCUGCUUGCAAGUCUGCAAGGCCUGAACAUAUUCUGGCUGUACUACAUUCUGCGCAUCGCAUACCGCUUCUUGUUCUACAAUGUGGCCGAAGAUGACAGAUCAGAUAAUGAUGAGAAUGAGCUGGCGGAAGAGCAGAGAUUGGACGCCCUGUCACGCUCGGGCGUGGAUGCUGUAGCCGGGCCGAAAGUUCUGCUUAACGGAUCGCCAGUGCAGGAGAACGGCAAGGAGAACGGCAAAGCUAAUGGGAAUGCCAAUGGCAAGGCGAACGGCACGACUAAGGUCCGAACGGACGGCUUGACGAAUCGGAAGACUACCACGCGGAAAGCUGCGCGGAAAGCGUGA